CCGGCAGUUCUGCGGGCGCGCUGGUUCGCCGGCGCCGCGGCGCCUCAGUCCUCGCAGAUCGGCUCCCCGACUUGCAGCUCCGCCGCGCGUCGCGCGCUCAGAUCCCGCUGCCACCCGCAGUCCCUGGCUGCGCCUCGGGCCUCUGAGCUAUGAGGGUCCUGGGUGGGCGCUGCGGGGCACUGCUGGCAUGCCUCGCCUUGGUGCUUCCAGUUUCGGAGGCCAACUUUUUGUCCAAGCAACAUGCUUCGCAAGUCCUGAUUAGAAAACGCCGUGCAAACACCGCAAUUGAAGAAUUUAAGAAGGGCAACCUUGAAAGAGAAUGUAUUGAAGAACUGUGCAACAAAGAAGAAGCCAGGGAGGUCUUUGAAAAUGACCCUGAAUCGGAUUAUUUUUAUCCAAAAUACUUAGGUUGCCUUGGUGCUUUCCGAGUUGGAUCUGGCACGUCUGCCCGUAGGGCAGCUAACAUUUAUCCUGAUCUGAGGAGCUGUGUCAAUGCCAUUCCAGACCAGUGCAAUCCUUCACCAUGCAAUGAAGAAGGAACUGUCAGAUGCAAAGAUGGCCAGGCUACAUUCACCUGUGUUUGUAAAUUAGGCUGGCAAGGGGAGACCUGUGAAUUUGAUAUAAAUGAAUGCAAAGACCCCUUAAAUUUCAAUGGAGGUUGCAACCAGAUAUGUGAUAAUACACCUGGAAGUUACCAUUGUUCCUGUAAAAAUGGUUAUGUUAUGCUUGCAAAUAUGAAGUCCUGUAGAGAUGUGGAUGAAUGCUCUACAAAGCCAAGCAUUUGUGGCACAGCUGUGUGCAAGAACCUCCCAGGAGACUUUGAAUGUGAAUGUGCUGAAGGCUACAGAUACAAUCCUAAUUCAAUGUCUUGUGAAGAUGUGGAUGAAUGCUCAGAGAACAUAUGUGCUCAACUUUGUGUGAAUUACCCUGGAGGUUACUCUUGUUUUUGUGAUGGGAGGAAAGGAUUCAAACUUGCCCAAGAUCAGAAGAGUUGUGAGGCUGUUCCAGUGUGCCUUCCCUUGAACCUGGACAAAAAUUAUGAAUUACUGUAUUUGGCUGAGCAAUUUAUAGGGGUUGUUUUAUACUUAAAAUUUCGUUUGCCAGAAGUCACCAGAUUUUCAGCCGAAUUUGACUUUCGGACAUAUGAUUCAGAAGGUGUUAUCCUGUACACAGAGUCUCUGGAUCAUUCAGCUUGGUUCCUGAUUGCUCUUCGUGAUGGAAAGCUUGAGAUUCAAUUUAAGAAUGAAUAUACAACUAAAAUCACAACCGGGGGCAAAAUUAUUAAUAAUGGUCUAUGGAAUAUAAUUUCUGUGGAAGAAUUGGAAAACAGUAUUAGUGUUAAAAUAGCCAAGGAAGCUGUGAUGAAUAUAAAUAAACCUGCAAGUCUUUUUAAGCCUACAAAUGGAUUUCUGGAAACCAAAGUAUACUUUGCAGGACUACCUCGGAAAAUGGAGAAUGCACUCAUUAAACCGCUUAAUCCUCGUCUAGAUGGAUGUAUACGAGGCUGGAAUUUGAUGAAUCAAGGAGCUUCAGGAGUAAAGGAAAUUAUUCAAGAAAAACAGAAUAAGCAUUGUUUUGUCAAUGUGGAGAAGGGUUCCUACUAUCCUGGUUCUGGAAUGGCUCAAUUUAACAUAGAUUAUAAUAACAUUUCAGAUGCUAAGAACUGGCAAGUCAAUGUGACCAUGAAUAUUCGCCCAUCGGCGGGUACUGGGGUUUUAUUUGCCUUGGUUUCUGGUAACACAGUGCCCUUCGCCAUGUCCUUGGUGGAUUCCACCUCUGAAAAGCUUCAGGAUAUCCUGAUAUCUGUUAAAAAUGAAGUAGUAAUUCGAGUGCAGGCCAUAAGUCUGUGUUCCAGUCAACAAACCCAUUUGGAACUUAGAGUCAACAGAAACAAUCUGGAGUUAUGGACUCCAUUUGAAAAAAAUAUUAGCUAUUCAGAAGAUCUUCAAAAACAGCUUGCUAUCUUGGACAGAGCAAUGAAAGAAACAGUGGCUACUUACCUAGGUGGCAUUCCAGAUGUUCCAUUCAAUGCCACCCCGGUGAAUGCCUUCUAUAAUGGCUGUAUGGAAGUGAACGUCAAUGGUAUUCAUUUGGAUCUGGAUGAAGCUGUUGCUAAAUAUAAUGAUAUUAGAGCCCAUUCAUGCCCAUCAAUUUGGAAAAACACCCAGAAUCAUUAAGGCAUCCUUUACAGUUGAUAGUAUAUUUUUUCCUAUGUAUAAUUAUGCUUAUGUUUCAAUAAUAGCUGGAGGGUUUUACCUGCAAUGUGCACACCUUGAUUUUGUGAUACUUUUGAACUUCCUGGAAUUUUUAAAAAGUUCUUUAAGAAAACAAAAUUAUCUUGUGAUAUGAAACACAUUAAAAAACUAUUAUCUGUUUCUGUCUAGAAAUUAAAUGAUGAAACAUAUAAAGCAUUUUACUUUGAAUUCUUCUGUUACAAAUGACAUUUUUUAUUUUUAUGUUUGUAAAAGUAAAAUAUAAUUUUUAUCAUCAUGAACUAGUGGUUGAAUAUUUUUCUGGGAAGACAAGGUAGUAAACCCCCCCAAAAAUGCUAUGACUAAAUACUACCUAUCAUAGUAGAUACUACUUUGUUUAUUUUUUUCCCUGAAAGAAUGCAAAAGAGACUAUGGCCUAUUAUUAUGAAUUUAGGGGGCCUUAAAGCUUUGUUUCAAAACAGUUUCUCAGGAGAUCAAUUUUUCUUCUACCUGACUUUACAGGUAGUUUUAAUCAAUUGGAAAACAAGUGGGACAAAUUUUUUACGAGUCUUGCUGAAACUUGAAUUUUGUUUGUUAACUUGUGGGUUCUAUGAGGAUGAGAUAGUAGAUUACAUCAUAGUUGAAAUUUGGCUGUUUGGUCACACAAUGUCUAGAUUGGAGAAGGCAGAACUUAAUGAUAUAAAGGAGAAUUAGCUGUGAGUUCAUAGUGUACCUUAACCUCAACUUUAACUACCAGAGUUGCCAGAAUGUAAUUAUUGAAGGACAAAUGAACUUUGAAACCAGAACAGUUUGUAAUCAAAGGAUAUCUACAGAUGGACACAUUAAUACUGUUUUUACAAGAAAGAAAGAGUUAAUAUUGCUACAAACUUGUUAGUAGUGCAUAUUAAAUGGGAGUUUUAUCACUCCUAAAACUAUCAUUUACAUUAGAAAUGCAUCAGAUAUUUCAUUUACAAUUUUAGAAAAUAAACUUUUCUCCUCUCCAAUUUAGUGUAUUUUACAUCUUGUAAAGAACAAUGAAUUGGUGCUUAUUUUAAAAAUUUAUAUAAAAAUUUAUAUAAUAUUUGUGUUCUAUCAUCUCUUUGAACAGAACAUAAAAUUGCAUAAUGAUACAUAUAAAUUCUUCAGGCAACAAAGUAGUUCUUUAGUUGAAGACAGGUAAAGCUUAAUUAGAUAUUUGAUGAUUUGUUAUAGUUGGAUUGUAGAUUUGAGUCCAGAGAGAGAAGAAAAGCAAAGUAAGAAGAAUUAGGUUUCUGACACAAGCCAGAACUUUGUUAUCUUACUGGGUAAAAUUUCUCCCCUAGUUACCACCAUGUACUGUGGGUGAUUAAUAUUAUCAGGCAACUAUUGAUAGUUAUAUUGGAGUAACAAUGAAAGAAAAUAGAAAUACUGGAAGUAUAUCAAAAUGGAAAUUAAGAAAAAAAGGGGGGGGGAAGAGUUUUCUGAUUCUCCUUGAACUAUGCCCAGAAUACAUCACAACAGAAAUGUUCCCACACACAAUGAUCUUCAUAGAGGUUCCAGAGAUUCAUUUACAAAUUUCAUUUGUUUUACAGGUACUUAGGGGAAGGGAAUCUAGACCUACAGUUAAGAACCUUUCAUUGCAGUACUAUUUAUAAUAACCAAACUAUGGAAGCAACCUGGGUGUCCAAGAACUGGUGCAUGAAUUAGGAAGACAUGGUUUAUGUACACAGUGAUAUACUACUUAACUAUAAAAAAUGAUAAACUCGGGCCCUCCCUGGUUGCACAGCGGG